AUGUCCGGCGAGAAAACCGACGACGCCUUCUCGAGGCCCCCCGAUGCAGCUGUUGAUCACGAGAGCCAUGGGCGGAAGCUGAGCGAGCUCAUCGACAACUCUGCCGGCGAAAUUCGCAACCCCCUCAAGGGCAUCCCCCGCGAGGAGCUUCUCCAAAAUGUCGCAAGGUUCCAGCAGGAAAAGGGCUUGCCCGAGGACAUCCUGCCGCUCUUGACCAAGGGCGCUCUGGUUGCCCAGGAUCCCGCCGCCUUCGAGGACCUGCCUGACCUCAACGACCACGACAGGCGCGCUCUGAGGGAAGAAGUCACUCACCGCUGGAAGCAUCCAUGGGCCCUCUACUACACAAUCGUCCUUAAUUCCAUAGCCGCCGCCAUCCAAGGAUGGGAUCAGACGGGCUCAAACGGGGCCAACCUAAGCUUCCCCCUCGCCCUCGGCAUCCCGGACACCGCCGGCUCUGCCUGUGGGCCAGUUGCCAACGCCGGCGACUGCGCCAAAAACAGCUGGAUCAUAGGCUUUGUCAACUCCAUGCCCUACAUAACCAUUUGCCUCUUUGCCGGUUGGAUAUCCGACCCCUUGAACGACUUGCUCGGUCGCCGAGGCGUCAUCUUUGUCGCCGCCAUCUUCUCCUUGCUGGCGCCCUUUGGCAUGGCCGUCUCCCAGACCUGGGGACAGCUUGCCGCCUGCCGAAUGCUCCUCGGUAUCGGCAUGGGACUGAAAGAAGUCACCGUUCCCGUCUUCUCCGCCGAAAACUCUCCGGCCAUCAUCCGCGGCGGCCUAGUCAUGUCGUGGCAGGUCUGGACGGCUUUUGGCAUCUUCUUAGGAACUUGCGCCAAUCUGGCAGUCGGCAAGACGGGCGCCAUUGCCUGGCGACUCCAAUUUGCCUCGGCAUUCAUCCCGGCCGUUCCUCUCGUCAUUGGCACCUACUUCUGCCCCGAGAGCCCUCGCUGGUGCCUCAAGAAGAAGAAGUACACCAAGGCCUGGGCCUCGCUCCUGCGGCUCAGAAACACGCCCCUUCAAGCCGCCAGAGAUCUCUACUACAUCAACUGCCUGCUCGAGCAGGAAGAGGUCCUCGUUCAGGAAACAGGCGUCAGCACAAAGAGCAACAUGUUCACCCGCUUCGUCGAGCUCUUCACCAUUCCCAGAAUCAGGCGAGCCACCUGGGCAUCUGGCAUCGUCAUGAUCUCGCAGCAGCUUUGCGGAAUCAACAUCAUCUCUUUCUACAGCAGCACCAUCUUCAAGCAAAGCGGCAUCUCCGAUUAUACCGCUCUGUGGGCCAGCUUUGGUUUCGGCUUGAUCAACUUCGUCUUUGCCUGGCCUGCUGUCUGGACGAUUGAUACCUUUGGCCGCCGAGCUCUUCUGCUCUUUACCUUUCCAAAUAUGUUUUGGACUCUACUGGCCGCCGGUCUUUGUUACCUCAUCGAGCCAACCGUCGAGCAGAGUACCGCCCGGAUCGCAGCCGUGGCGACAUUUGUUUACCUCUUUGCCGCAUUCUACUCUCCUGGCGAGGGCCCCGUGCCGUUCAUGUACUCGGCCGAGGUCUUCCCCCUGUCUCAUCGCGAGAUCGGCAUGUCAUGGGCCGUGGCGACCAACAACUUUUGGGCCUCGGUGCUCUCCCUCACCUUUCCUCGUAUGCUCAUUGCCAUGUCGGCUCCUGGCGCCUUUGGCUUCUACGCUGGACUGAACCUGCUGGCCCUAUUUCUCAUCUUCUUGUUUGUGCCCGAGACGAAGCAAAAGACACUCGAGGAGCUGGACUACGUGUUUGCCGUUUCCGACCGCAAGCAUGCCUCGUAUCAAAUGUUCACAGUCCUCCCCUGGUGGUUCAAGCGAUGGAUCCUCUUUCGACGCGGUGCGCCCUGUCCGGAUCUUUACCACGACGCCAACGCACAAGAUUACCAUGACACGAGCGCAGGGGCUUAUCACGAGAGGAUCGUAGAGACUUACGACGACACCAGCGCAGGGGCUCACCGCGGCACCACCACAGGAGUCUCCACUCAGUGA